CUUAGCUGUCCCGUUUCGCUCAAUUCCCCCUCCCUGAAUUUACAGUCAUAUAAGCAAUUACCGAACGACUGUUUUUCAUAGCCAUCUGACCGCACACCAAUAUAGCCCACUCCCCGUCUUCACAUCACCGUACGUCAUCUGGAGCUUCCCCCGCUUCAUUCCACCGACAUUGAACCUUAGGCAGUUUUCAAUUCCCUGAAUUAGUGUUGUUUUGUAUUCCCGAAUCUCCAUUGUCGUCAUACACCCACACCCCUAUCCGAAAUCACAGCAAAAAGCAGCCAUGGCACAGCUAAACUACCGCACAAUCAACAUCGACGUGCUGGACCCCGAGUCCUCGGUCAACUUCCCCAUGGAGACCCUCCUCCCCGCUACCCUCCCACCCCCGCAGACAUCCUCCGACGCUGCCAACGUCGCCAGCCAAGUCCGCCAGCUGCUCCGCGGCGGCGACCCCGAGGGCGCCCUGCGGUACGUUCUCGACACGGCCCCGCUGGGAGGCGACGAUCGCGCCAAGGAGGUGCACAUGGCUACCGUUGUGGAUGUGCUGCAGGGGAUCCGCCAGGGGGAGAUGACCCGCGUACUGGAGGGGUACAAGGGAAUGGCUGCUCCGGCUCCUGGUGGCGGGGCGCAGUCGCCUCGGAAGUCGGUGUCUCCGCAGAACACGGGGUUCUCGCAGAUUCAGGCUCGGAAUCUGGGUGAGGGCGGCAGUGCGCAGCAGAUGAGUGUGUUGCUGAGCUGGCAUGAGAGGUUGGUUGAGCUUACGGGUACUGGGUCGAUUGUUCGGGUUAUGACGGAUCGGAGGACGGUUUGAGGAGACAAACUACUACGAGGUACUCGGAGGUUUAGUGGUGCUUCUUUCUUUUCUAUUUGUCUUAGAAGUCGAGCUUGGUUCCUCUGCGUUGCGGAUGGGUGAUAUCCUUGUUAGAUUGCGCAGCUUCUAUUAUACAUAUUGUUUUUCUCUUUUUAUUCAUUCGAGAUCCUCAUUCAAGAACCAUAUGAUUAUGGACGAUCGAAGGACC